AUGAACAAGGGUAUUCUCAGUGAAGUUUAAAUUAAUAGGCAGUAAUCUGUUCCCAACAAAUCUAGUAAGCUCUUAAAAAAUAAUUCAUAUUAAAAGCAAAAUGCCUUCAAAUAAGUCUCAAAAUAGAAUCUUAUUCUGAAUUGUCAUGACGAUGAAGGUAUUGACUUGACUAGAUUAGAUAGCAAUACUUGUAUUGAUUAAGGUAAUGGCAGCAAAUAUGAUAAUUGCUUAGGUGAAAUACAAGUCUAAGAAUCUCUAGAUCAUAAUUUUCAUCGCUUCUUAAAACAAAAUAAUACAAAUGUUUUUAGAAAUAAUCAAAAUGAAUGCUCCUUCUAAAAUAGCUCUAACAAUUUUAUUAUCUCCUAACGUAAUAAAGAUGAUAACAAUAACAUCAAUAAAACUUUUUCAGUUAUGGACUCUGUAUAUGAUGAAUAGCAGAUAGCUCCCAGAUCAGUAAAUAGAGAAACUGUAGAUUAAAUAAUGAAGAUAAUGCCUAAAAGUGCACAAAACAUCCUUCAAAAAAUAAUGGGAAGGAAUUCUGAAGAUGGAUCAAAAGUUACUCUAAACCCAUCAUAAAAUGAGGAUUUUUUUGAUGAAUAAAGUGUAAAUACAAGUAGCUUUAAUUCUUUGUUGUUAUCAUCUUCAAAGAAGGUUUAUGAAUCAAAUACUUGCAUAGAGACUUCUUAAUGUAAAUCUAACUCUUCAUUUAAGCAACCAAAAUAAUUAUUGAAAGCCUAGUAAUCGUCUAAUAACUUUAGGAACAAAGACUAAUAAAAAGAAAACUAGCCAUAAACAACUUAUUUAAAAAUACUCCAAGGUCAGUACUAAGAUGUGAGCAAACAUAAAUAGGGAAGUGGUGUUUUUUAAAGAGCUAAGGAUAUAACUGCGAUGUAAGAUAAUUAAAUUAAUUAAUAGCUAUCAUCAGAAAAAUAUAUCUAAAAGUAAAAAUUCUAAUAAAAUCAAUAAUAAAUCAAUAAAUAAAAUGUAAACUAACUUUAGAUGAAUGAUAAAUAAUUCAAUAAUUAAACAUAUUCAAAUUUGAGCUUUAUAGAUAAAGAUUUAGGAGAUUUUUCUUUUGAAUUAGAAAAUGUUUAAAAUAAACCAAACUAAAAAAAUAUCAAUUCGAAUACUUCUAAUAUUUAAAGGUAAUAAUAGCCAAAAAGGAACAACAACUUUAGUAUUUCUAAAAACAACUAAAAUAAUCAAAUUGAUUAACUAGAGGGAUUAUAAAUAGGAUACAAUACAUAAAGAGAAGAGAAGUACAUCUAAACCUAAGCGAAUAAAUAUUAAUCUACAAAGCAAAAUGAUCCCAAGAAAUAUUUUACUUAAAGAAGCAUUAGUCCUGUUUCGAAUGUAUAAAAUAAAGUAGUAACAAAUAAAAAUAUGCUAAAUGAAGAUAAAAAAAGAAACCAAAAAAAUAAUUCUAUGGAAAAGAUUAAUAAGAAUAAAAAUAUUUAAAAUUAGUAUAGCACUUAAAACGAACUUACGUUUUCCUAAGAUAGAGGUCUUAAUAUUUAAACUAGUUGUUAACUAAGCUAAGAAAAUUAAGUAAUUUUGCAAUAAAUUUUAAGCAGAAAUUAAAAGAAUAUUUUGGAAGAAAUAGAGCAAAGGCCUUCAUCAAAUUUUUUUGAUCGUUCUAUUUCUCCUUAGUAAAAAAGACCUUUAUCACUAGGAACUACAAAAAAGUAGACAUCAAAAAAGGUUUUAGAAAGAUCUACUUCUUCUAUGUCUUAGUAAAAUUAUAAGAGCAAUGACAAAUCAACUUCUAGCUUGAAGGAAGGAGGAAACUAAUUAUCUUCUAUAAAUAAAAAAAAUGUGAAUAUUUCAUUAAGCUAAAAUAACAAUUUUAGCAGCAACAGAGUUUAAAAUUAUAUUAAUAGAAUUAAAAAUAGUAACUCUUCUCCUAGUGUUAGUACUUAAAAUAAAGCUCAAAGGUCUAAAACAUCUCAGAUUGCUUUAGGGGAUAAAUAGUAAACUCCACUAUCAUAUAGCUCAACAAGGAGUAAUUAAAAAUCUAAAAAACAAAUAAAUAGUGGAAGUGCUACUAAUGGUGCUGAAAAGAAUAAAACAUUAGAAUUAAAAAGUUAAAAAAAUAUAAAUUCUAACUUAAAAAAUAGAUCUUCGUUAAACAUGGAUAAGAUAGAAAACUUUUGUUAAACAAGUUAAUAAAGAAUAUCCCCUACGUUCACAUCUCUUUCAGUAACAUCCAAUUCAAAGAAAAACAUAAAAAGUCCUUAAAAAGCUUCAUUAUUCAGUAAUCUAGAUAAGAUAUUAAGAGCUGGGAGAUCCAAAUCCUCUAGUCUAGAAAAGUAGAUUUAUGAUAAGAAUAAGCUUAUCAGUAAGCCAAAAGAUGUUUAAAAAAGAUCAAAUAGCAAAGAAAAAGUUAAAAGCAUAGUUAAUUUAAAUAAAAAUGGAUCAUCUGAAGUUAUGGAUAAACUUAAUAAUCUUUUAGAAAAAGGAAGAGUUUAAACAUUUUUUUCAGAAGGAAAUAGCUAAAAUACAACAUAAAAUUAAGUUAAAUAGCAAUCAUUCUUUUUUUAAAACAAUAAUUAACAAUAACAUAAUUAAUUUAAAAAUAAUCAAUAUGAAUAACGACAACAAUAAGUCACAGAUCAAUAAGUUUAGAUUGAAGCAUUUAAAUAAAAUGUUUAAUAAAAUAACUAAACUUCAUUAAAAAAUUAAGUUGAAUAAAUUGUUAGAUAGAUCAGUUAAUAGCAUCAACCAACUAGUAACUAAUUGACUAGGCAUAUUGAGCCUAACAUUUCUUAAGAUAUAAAUGAUUAGUAUAGUAAUACAUAAAAAUCUUUCUCUAUAAUUUAGAAUGAAAAUAAAGUUUUUAACAAUGACGAAAAGAAAUUACAAUUUAAUAGAGAAAGUUUCUUUGAGGAAAGCCCGUUACCAGGCUAGGAGAAAUCUUACUAAGAAUCACCUUUAAACUUAUCUAAAUAUAAUGAAUAAAGUAAAGGAGGAUUUUAGUCACAUAUUUCUUCAAUAUGUUUAGAAUCUUAAAUGAGCCUUGAAAAUUUAGAGCCAAGAGUUGUUGACUCUAAGACAGUAAACGAAAUAAUGAGAGCUAUGCCUUCAAGUGCAUAACAAAUAUUGUAAAAAAUAAUGAGUAGAGGAAAUCAGAAUCCAACCCAAAUUUUAAUUAAUCCAUCUUAAUCUGGAAAUACUUCUCUUCCAUUAAAUUUUAGCUUUGACAUCGAGUAAGAAGAUGCUUAGAAUUUUAAUAAAUCUGACGCAAGCUUAAAAAAAAUGGCUAGUUCAAUAAUACCUCAAUAGGAUUCUAAAAGUAUUAGAUAUGAAGAGGAAGAUGAUAUAAAUAAAUAAUCUAAUUCAACAGACAUAGAAUAAAUUGUAAAGUAACUUAAUUUUGAAAAUAAUUGUUCUUCUUUCGCUUCUUCAAGUAACGACCAGAAAGGAAGAAGCAAUAGAUCAUCAAAGACAUUUUCAAGUAAUACUAAAGAAAAGCUCUAAUAAUGUUUAAUUAGCAGUAAUAUUCCUAAAAACUCAGAUUUUAACAUGACAGAAGAUGACCUAAAGUUGGAAACUAGAUUUUAGAGUCUUGAUAAAAUGAUAAAUUUAAAUGAUAACUUAAACUAAAAAGAAAAAACAAAAAAUGUUGAAGCGUCUAAGACUAAGAGCAAAUUAAACUACUCUUAUUCUUAACAAAAUAGGAAUUAAAAACAUUUUCCAAUUUAAAAUUUACAAUAUCAAAACUAAAAGCAAUAAGAAUCAGAUAAAUAAUAAAGCCACUCUAAGUAAAAUUAUUAUUAAGACUUAGGAAAUAGUGGUGAUUUUUAAGAAAAAAAUUUAAAAUUAGAAGAGUCUUUAAGUCAUUUAACUCCUCAAUAAAUUUAGGUGUUGGAGGAGCUCUCUAAAUAGCAGUUAUUAGAAAUUUGCAAGAAGUAAUUAAAUUAAUCACAAUAAUCUAUUAAGUCUGAUACCUAGAAAUAAUUGAAUCUUUCUAAAAGUUAAAACAGAGGUUAAGAACUACAAAGUUAAGUGUUUUCAAAAUAAAAAUAAAUUGCAAGUCCAUCUUAAACCAAAUAAAUAUAAAGCAAAACUAAAAAUUAUAAUAUAGAUGGAAUAAAUACAAGUAUGUGCAACUUAAGUUAAUAAAGUUUCGAAAGCUUUUCUAGUUCUAGCAUCAAACCUCACUUGUAAAAGAACUAAAAUAAUAUAUCUUCAUCGAAAAAAUCAAUAAACUAUUAUAGUAAUUAAAGAAAUAGGAAUAAAUAAGCUUCAAACAAAACAUUAGAAAAGCUUAAUCAUUCAAAUCAAAGCACUGAGCACAGCACACAAAUACUAUAACAUACAAGUUUUGCUAAGAAUAGAGUUGGAUCUAAAUGUGUGACUGAAGAAAGUAUUGUAGAUAGGAGCUAUAUUAUUUUAUAGACAAGCAUGUCCAAUUAAGGAUAAUCCUAGGCAGGAUAGUAGUUUAUGACAUUUAAACCAUAAACUAGCUUUUUACCUAAAAAUAUAAGCAACAACAAUAGUGAUCGUAUCAAAAAGCUCAAUCAAACACUUUCAAAUUUAACUUCAUAACUAUCAAGCAAUAAUUAGUAAUCAGAAUAGAGAGUUCAUUCUGUGCCAAAUAGAAACGAAGAUUAAUAUUAUAAGGCUUAAACUUUGAGUAGUUGCAGAAAUGAAUCCCCAUAAGUUGCUUACAAUUCUUACUCUUGCACUUCAUUAUCUGCAGUCCCUAAUAUUUCUGAAAACUCUGUUCUGAACAGGUCAUUAAGAGAAUUAUAAUCAGGCAUAUUAUUGGAUCAUUAAAAAGAAGUUUAUGCAGAGGGUUUAGAGUAUAGCCAUAGAAGUCUAUCUUCUGCACAUGAUAAAGCGUAUCCUUAAGCUUCAGAGCAUAAUAUGAGAAUGAACAGAUCAAACACCUGUGAGAUGAAACCACUCUAAUCAAAUUACAUACCAAAGUAAUUUGAGCAAAAAAAGUAGUUAGAAGAGCUUUAGUUAACAGUAAACGAGAAAGAAGCAGAAAUAAUUUCACUUAAGCUCUAAGUGUAAGAUCUUUAAGAAGUUCUGGAAAAACAAAAAUUCCUUUAAAGCAGUUAAAAAAAUAAGUAAAAAAAAUUAUAUAAUGAGAUAGAAGAAAAAAUAAUAUCUUCAAGGAUAAAUAUUGAUUGUAAAGUUUUUUAGAAUUAAGUUGGAAGUACUAAGUCGAUAUCUUCUAUGAAAACAACAAGUCCUGAAAAUAAAAAUGAAUACUCAGAAUAAAAAUUUUGUGAAACAUACCCAAAAAACAUUGCUUACAUGAGUUCCUCUAAAAAAAAUGAAAAUGAUUAAAUUUAGUAAUAAAAUUCAGUUAAACGUUUAAAAAUUUAAGCUUCUUCAGCCAAGAAAGAAACAAUUUUGAGUUCGAAUUUAGACGAUACUGAAAACUCCCACCUUAAACUUAAUGCUAGUGAAAUAGAUUUAACUUAUUAAAUAAAUUAAUUUUCAAUACUUAAAAAUUAAAAUGAUUCAGAAUACUAACCUAAUUAAAACUUAUAAUGUUGA